UGUCUCUACAUGAUGUUUUCUACAUCCGUGUUUGUAGUUGGGAGAUGAUGUUGUGGUUUUGUGGCCCAUUUGCAAUGUGUGUGUGUGUCUUGGCUUCGGCAUUUUGUGUUUUUGCAUGACCCUAUGAUGCUGGAGAAUGCCCAGGCUGAGUGGUGCCCGGCGUGAAGUUCUUGCCAAGAUCCCUUCAAGCCCCAAAAUCCUUGGGGCCACCAAGGAUCUCUUGAAGUCCCUGGGUCGCUGGGUCCCUGAAGUCCUCGGAGUCCCUAGGGUCCCUAGGGUAGGGUUUGCAGGGUUGCUAGGGUCCCUAAGGUCUCUAAGGUCCCUAAAUUCCCUAAGGUCCCUAAGGUCCCCAAGGUCCCUGAACCCGCCGUGCGUUGACAGGGACGAGCGCACUCUGGGGCCUUGGCGAGGCGUCUGAUGCACAUGUGUGCAGGGACCCCAGGGACUCUAGGGACCCUAGGGACCUUAGGAGGGACCCAGGGACCCCAGAGGCCCCAGUGAUUGCAGGGACCAGGGACCCCAGAAACCCCCGCCCUUCAGCCCCUGGCGGCCCGGUGCCGAUUUCGGCUGCUUGUUUUGCAGGCAGGCCAGUUUGGUAUCUCGCUUGGACUUUGAUGCAGCGGCAGGAUGUGGGUCAGCCAGUCUGAAGGAUGGACGCUGCGAAGCCUUGCAAGGCUUGGCCCGACCGACCUUCAGGCCGCGAGUGAAAAGGAGGAGGAGCAUCCAACCCGUGCGUUGGUGUUGCCAAAGAAGCCAGUCAAUCUUGUGUUUGCUCUGGAAACUUGGCUCGAGGGUACUCAUCAACACUGACACAACAACAGCUCGCAAGGUUGCCCGAUGGGUCUAGCGCCAGUGCUUGAGGAAUCGCAGGCCGCUCAAGCGCUUUUCGAAUAGCCAUGGCGAUGAUGCGGACCAGGACCAAAAGCCGAGGUAUGUGCCUCUGCCUUCUCGGGAUUGCAUUGGCGCUGCUCGUGCAGCCGAGCACGGACUUUGCUCGAGGAGUUCCUGGGCUGAAGGACAGCAUAUUGGCAAAACGGCACCCGUUGCAUGCCGGAGUCGCUCGGCGCGCCGGGGCUGCGCAAGAGGACAACAGUGGCCAGGACCGGCUCGAUCUCGAGGAGGUGGUCGCAGAAGCCAAACGGGUUGUGGACAACGGCACGCUGAAAGACAUGCAAGUGGUCAUGCGAAGAGUGCAGCUGGUAGAUCCAGCAGGGAAGUGGAAGGUUUGGGUUAAUGAGCCCGAAUUGGAGAAGCAGCUACGGAAGUUUGUGGCAGAGGCCAAAGCAGCCAAAACGGCAUUGGAGGAGGACCUGCUCCUGGCGCGACAGCAGCGGAAGACGGGCCAGCGGCAGGUUGAGAGCGCCCAGCGGCAGGUUGAAAGCGCUCAGCGGCAGGUUGAGAGCGCCCAGCGGCAGGUUGAGAGCGCCCAGCGGCAGGUUGAGAGCGCCCAGCGGCAGGUUGAGAGCGCCCAGGAGCAGGAAGCGAUGGCGGUGAGGCGUCUCGCUCGAGCUGCCACCGUCUUGGAGACGGCGGAGGACUCGGGCAAUGCGACAAAGGUGCAGGAGGCGAAGAAGGAGGUCCAGGAGGCGAAGAAGGAGGUCCAGGAGGCGAAGAAGGAGGUCCAGGAGGCGAAGAAGGAGGUCCAGGAGGCGGAGAGGAAGGUCCAGGAAGCGAAGAAGGAGGAGGCGAAGGCAAGCGGCCGGACGAAGGAGUCCGAGGUCAGACUGUGCGGGCUGUUGUUUAGCUUCAGCUUUGCAGCUGAGCUGCAAUCUGGGAAUGGAUACCAGGCGUCCGCCUCGAGUAGCCUCAAGUGGGUCGUGGACGCCAAGGACACGGCAUUUGCCAACGAGCUGCGCAUGGCUCAGCCGCUGACGGCUCUGGACUGCGCUGAUGAGAAUUUCACCGACGUAGAGUCCGCAGAAGAUGCCGGUAUCGAGAUCUUCCCGUUGAACGCCAGCUUGGAUCCGAAAGAAGCCAAGCCAUGGCUCUUCGUUCGAAAGCAGCAACGAGAGGUCUGGCAGGCGGCCUUCAAUGCGUCGCAGGAUGUGGUGGUGACCGGCUCGCCCGGCAUCGGCAAAUCCUUCUCCAUGUCCUUCUUGUUCCGCGACCUCAUGAAAGCAAAGAAGACCUUUGUCUUCGAAGCACGCAGGUGGAACAUGGUGUACUUGUUCAAGCCGCGCACCGACGGCACCUACGAGGUCGGCAGCAUGCAACUGGAAGACUGGAAACCGGCAGCGUGUGACGAGCUGAGAGUCCCUGCGAACUACUAUGUCAUCGACCCCGGCGAGGCUGAAAAGGGAGGCGUCUGCUUCGUAGCGGCCAAGACUGUCAUUUGCCCGUCACCGGAUCCGCAGCACCUUGGAGAGUUCAAGAAGCUCCCCAAAUGCAAACUGUACAUGGCAGCUUGCUCCUUGCAGGAGGCCCAGUGCAUAGUCAAGUACCUCCGCCCCAACUUCGACCAGAACCAGGUGGAAGAGCUCUACAGGCGAUUUGGUGGUAUUCUUCGACACCUGAUUGGCGACCCUAAGGAGGUGGAGAUGGCUCGCAAUGCAACCCUGUCGAACCAGAACUUGGUCAGGCAAGUUUGGACAUCGGGCAUCAUUGAUCAGGGACGUGAUUUGAAGCCUGCGCACUGGCUCUUCCAGAUAGUGCCGGAAAACGGUUGCACCAGCAGCAGGGGUGAGUUUGUUAGCGAAGAGGCACUCGACCUCACCAUUCACGAGUAUGAGGCGGAGCUGGCUGACCUUUUGACAUCGUUUGAUCCGCUUGCAAAGCCCGUCCUCGGAGUUCUCUACGAACGCUUCGCCCACCAAGUGCUCUGCCGGGGGACGUUGCUGCUGACGCGGCUGGCCAACGUCACCGUUCCCAUGUUCGAGAUGCGGCUUCCACCACUCGAUGAAGAGGUGGUGGACGGCAGCAUCGCCGAUCUUUUCACAGCUGCCACCACUGGGCAGCUACGAUACAUGCGGCCCAGAGAUGUGGGCCUGCCGGUCAUUGAUUCAUGCCUGGCUCCUGUUGAGGACGGCGUGAUGACAUGCUUCCAGAUCACCGUCAGCGCAAAACACUCCCUGGAUCUUGUCGCCUUGGAGAAUGCUGCACGGGGUCUUGACAUCGCCAAGAUUGUUAUUUACUGGGUCGUUCCCAGAGACAGCCUUCGAGAGUUCAACCGCAAGCAGACGUUCGGGCCUCAACUUGUAUUCGAGCAGCGCGUCCUUUCGCUCGCUGCUCCCCGCAAUCCCUUUACCGAGCAGGAGAUGCAAGAACGGUUGCAGAAGGCUGAGCUCUCUAAGCUUACCACAGGAGACGAGCAGCUCCUCAAGCAAGAGAUUGAUGACCAGAAGCUCCGGUACUUGGUUAUGAAAUCUUUCGAAGAACAAGAUGUCAAGGACAUAAUGAAUAAGGUGUUAAAAGAAGGGAAAAGAGCGAAAAACCAGGAUCCCGUGGCUCUGCGCGCAGCACGAGCUUGGGAUAAGAUUGUUGCCUGUAUGGCUUGGACGAAAAAGAGAGGCGAGUGCAAGCUUGCAGCGUAGGUGCCAGCCUAAUCUGCAGUGUCGAUCACGUUGCCAGGCCUGAUCAGCCCGGGCGUGCACUUUUGCUUGGCCGGAUUUUGCGUUACUCGACGA